AUGGAACACCAUUUCCCAGCGUUUGAUGAACUUCCUGUAGUUCCAGGUGCGCCUCAAGGAUGUCUUUGGGGCUUUUAUGACAGGAAUAGCAAGAAGGAUGAGCUUGGCUCUUUGAAUCUUCUGACGCCUCGUGUCGUGAAAGAAGCCGCCUGCGAGAUUCAAACCGGUCGCCGGGUUCAACUUGAUUGGCCUCUGGAUUCAUUCAAGUCUCCAGGCUUCGGUCGAAGAGAACUACAGCACACAAUACUGGAUGCCUCUGAGAAUCCAGACAUUAAUGCCUUCGUCUUGGAUGAUGAGAUACACAUCAACACCCAGGGCAGCUCGCAAUGGGAUAGCCUGAAACACUUCGCCCAUCAAAAGAGCCAGGUCUUCUACGGAGGUCUGACAUACGAACAAGCAAAGAAGACACAUACCAAUGGAAUACAUACCUGGUGUCAGGCCGGAGGCAUUACAGGCCGUGGUAUAUUGGUUGACAUGGUUCGAUACUACCAAAGGCGCGAUGGAAAACUUCCAGACGCCUGGUCUACAAGCCCGAUCGGGGUCAACGAUAUCCAGGCGGCUCUUGCCGAGCAAGGUACAGAAUGCCGACCCGGAGACAUCUUGAUCAUGCGCACUGGCUACAUCAAGAGGUACAAUGAGUCUUCUGAAGAAGAGCGUCGCAAAGGGAUGAAGUUCGGGGGUCCUGCCAUCGGCAUUGCAUCUACCGAAGAGACGGUACGGUGGCUGUACAACAAGCACUUCGCUGCGCUGGCAGGUGACACUGUUUCUUUUGAAGCUUGGCCACCGCCAGCAGGGACUCCGUUUGUAAUCCACGAGUUUGCGCUUGUUUGGUGGGGAACGCCUCUCGGAGAGUUGUGGGAUCUUGAGACGUUGGCGGAACUAUGCGAGGAACACGAAAGAUGGUCCUUCUUUCUGACCAGUGCACCUUUGCACUUGAAAGGUGGAAUAGGAAGCCCGCCUGGUGCUAUCGCUAUAUUUUGA